AUGAAUGCAUUGCAAAUUAACAAAGAAUUAACAGACGCAUUCCAGUCUUUUGAUGAUUUACAUGAAGAAAUUCUUUACCAGAUUUUUGAUUAUGUUGAUGAAUUAAUCACGGAAAAGUUGCACCCCUUUCUAACAGAAUUUUUUAAUAAGCACCAUUCUCCAGAAGGGUGGGAUAAUGCUGUUGAUGAAAUAGUUAUAAAUAAAUCAGAUUUUGAAAUUAUCUGUAAAACCAAAAAAUUAUUAAAGUGGACUUUAGUUCAGUUUGGUGAAAUACCCAUGAGAAGGCAAAAAACUAAUAUACAAUCAGACGGUGUCGGAUAUAUUAAUGAUGUUUCUAAUUAUGCUAUCGUUAUUAGAGAAGGAGCAAGGCCUAAUGCUUCAACAAAAAAGAAUAUUAGCAUUGAUGCAAAAGUUGUGAAAUCCAUGGUCUGUCUCUAUAACCACAUUAUCUUGUCCGAAGCUUAUACCCGUUAUCAGUUGUUUGCAAAUUUACAUACAUAUGGAAUAACGGCCCACCAAACGGAAGUUUGUUUAUUGAUGCUAGAUUUUCGGGAUAAUAUAAUUCUAUAA